UUGCUCAAAAUAAAAUCAUAGUAAAAUCAUAGUAUCUUUACCUUUUCUAUUCUUGAUAAAAGAAGAUGUCGGAAAGAGUUAAAGAGUUUAAAGAUCAUCCAAGAUAAAACAAAUUUAUUUUGAGAUGAUUUAAGAUCCUGAACUACACAUCCGAGAUUUUGAGAAUGAAAACAUUUCGAUGUCGACGACGAAUUGAUAUCAUUAUCGCCUAGUCGUGGACGCUAAUCGAUGGCUUUCGAAGUGUCGGAGAAGCGAUGCCGAUUCGCUCCUAAAAGAGGGCAAACAUCUUAUCGGCGCGCGAAAGACCGGCCGAGUCUCGAGAGAGCGAUUCGCAAAGUCCUCUUCUCCGCUCGGAGGAUCUCGGACAGGAGCGGAAGGCGGAGGUGGUGGAGGGCCCGAGCGAAUAGUACGCGAUGGAAGAGGAGGUGGCCGGAGACGGGUUGCGGGUGGGAGCGAGUGCCACUGACGAUGCAAGUACGAGCAGGCUCGUUAAACAGUUGUUCGGCGCUUCGAUACGCUGUCGCGUCUCUCUCGUCGCGUCUCCUCUCCGGCAUUCCGCGAGAACGAGAGGGAGAUCUCUCUCUCUCUCGGUCGGCGAGAUCGAGUCGAUCGACGAGAAGUGCGUAGAGGAAGGGAGGAAGUCGUGCACGUGGAAAACGCGACGGAGAUCUCGAAUUGGCUUCAACGUCGUACGGCUGGCCGAAAUAAAACGUGCGCGACUCCUGCAUGAAGUGACUCGCGCAAAACACGCGCGACUUCGUUUCGAGGCAUCGGGGACGUGGUACCGUUCGAUAACUCGCGUUAGACUCGCCCGGGAUAUCGGUCGUCAGUUGACGAGCGAUUAUUUUGGCAUCGGCGACGAUCCGGCGACGGUUUCCGCUCUCCGACGGGGGCCCCCGCACACAUAUGACGGAACGCUGACCGAUUCGGCAUACGACAUGCUGAAGAUACGCAUGCUGGAUUACAUCGGCGAUACCGGAUUUCUCCAUUGCACUCAUACGUAGCAAAAGUACGAUUAAUUACGCUCACCAAUACUAAUUAUCAGAAUAGAAUAAUCGCAUGGCAUUUUGCCCGGUACUCCCGAUAUUAAUCGCACAUUACAACGCGCACUUUACAAUUGCACAUCGCGAUCAAAGUAAUCUCAUCAAAAUGUGAUCACGAGAAUAGCGCGAGGUAAAAUGUUUACCUCGGGUCGGUUUUGAAUCGAGCGAUAUCACAUUACACGUUGAAUUAACGAGCAUACAGGCAUAAUUGUGUAUUUUAUCGCGUAUCUUUCUCGCGUGAUUUUCGUGAUUGCGUUUCAGUGGGAUUUCGUCGCGAUGUAAAGUGCGCGUUGCAUGUGAUUAACAUCGGGAGAUACCGUGCAAAGUGCCGUGCAAUUAUUUUAUUCCGAUGAGUUAUACGCAACAUGAUCGUAAAUAAGCACGUUUUCGCGAGCGUUGCGUCUGAGUGCCACGAACAAGUCUGAGAGGAGGAG